GAGAGCUUGUAAGCACAAUUUCAAUUCCAACGUUUAUUGCAAAACAGUACUUCCUCUCACUCUCUACCUCGGCCGGUGUUCCGGUGGAAACCCGAUGAAUCUCCGAGCUGACUUCACGUCUCCGAGCAUAUCUCCAGCCGGAAGUAAUUACUCGAAUAGACCUUGUAAGCAUCUUCAGUCUUCAGUUCAGGACUUAGGGUUCAGAAUGGCAUCUACUGGACAACCACAGUCAACUUUGAAGAGACCUAGUUCUGCAGUUAACAGAGAAGGAGAUAAACUCAUUAUCACUCCUUUAGGGGCUGGAAAUGAAGUGGGGCGGUCCUGUGUUUACAUGUCUUUCAAAGGGAAAACAGUCUUGUUUGACUGUGGCAUUCAUCCAGCUUACCCAGGCAUGGCUGCUUUGCCGUAUUUUGAUGAAAUUGAUCCUUCAACCAUUGACGUUCUUCUCAUUACCCAUGCACAAACUUCAAUUGGUUUGAAGUCGUCAAUGGACUAGCUCAUCAUUGUUAGAAUGGUCCAGAUAGGGGACCAAUGCUUCAAAGAGCCAUUGACGAGUUAUUAGAAGCAAAGUGGCCAAUGUUCAGAGCAAAAAAGCUUUACUAGAUAAUCCCCGCUACCUUUCAUUGGUACAGGUACUAGGUAACAUUGUUCAUAGAUGGUGAGAAAUCACCUGGUAUUUUGCCUCUACUAGGAUUAUGAGAGUGGACUAAUCUAGUUCAUCUUAUUAUCUAUUCUAUGUGGUUCUAAUUUUCAGUGAACUAGUCUUAGUGUACGUGCGUUGUGCGUGUACUCCACCGCAAUGGAUUAAUUUUCUUAAAAAAUCACGUAAGUAUUAUUUUAUAAAAUAAAAGCAUAAGCUCCUGAAAUUGAUGAAUGCUAAUCCUAUGUACCCUCUCUACCUUAAGAAGGUAGGGGUAAGGUUUGUGUAUGCUUUACCCUCCCAGACCCCAAUGGACACCGGGUCUGUUGUUGUUGUUGUUGUAAUAAAAGAAAAAACCAUGUCUCAUGGAAGUCCUCCAUCA